CCUCUCUUCAACAAUCACAACCAAACCAUCAACAACAACAUUCUGUCUUCAUUUUGAACACUACGUUUUCAUCACACCACUCAGCAACUACAAUCAACUACAAUCAACAAAAUGCACAACACAAGCAAGAAUGAGUUGUCACCCAUUUGCACCUUCCUCAUGAGGGUUCUGUGGCUUCUUUACACAUCGGCUGCCAACUUCCUCGAGCUGGUCGACGCCACCUUGUGGCCGGCUUGGAAGGCGGUAGUCCUGUGUUUGGAUCAGCAAAUCAAGUUCGGUUACAUCAUCAGCAUUGUCGACGCCGUCACAGGCACACUUUCUCUCCCGACAAUCACGCCGUUCGGUUCGCUGGCCAGACUCGCUACAUCACUGUUCAUCAAGUUCAUCGACUGGUUCCCCGAGGUUCCAUCGAUCCCAGAGCAGCGAUGUGGUUCCAACUACAAAAGUUUUUCCACUCAGACAACAGACGAUACUACCACCUCGGCCAUGUUGGAGUUCUUCGGUUCUGGUCUUGACCACCUCGCCGAGUUCUUCGCCACUGGUCUGAAGUCCGUUGUGUCACCCUUCGACGGCAACACUCUCAAGUCCUCGACUCCCUCUCUCGUCGCUGUCCCGCGCACCCCUAUGCGACAGCAGUGCUCGCUCGUCUCCAAGACCAAGAGCACGAGUCCCACGAUUUAUGGUUCCGACGAUGACGCGGCUUAGAGCCCUGCUGAUUCUGAAGGUCCCAAUUUCGACAAUCUUUCGGUCUGCUCCUCGUUCCAUCCAACGGACGAAGAAGACUGGGAAUCAGAUCACUCUUUUUUGAUAGCCCAAUU